AUGGGCAUAUGGGAGAUCAAACUUUCCGAGUCAGCAACCGUGCAAGGGACACCUUUUGGCACUAAAAUCUCUUGCAAUUCAUUGAAGCUGACUCCACCAGAACAGUCUUGCUGUUCACCUCGUGUGUUAUACGAUGACAAUCAGACGCCCAUUAAACUCUUCUGGUUCUCAAAUCCCGUCGGCGGUCCUCAUGCAUCUUGCGUUUCUCUGGAAUCUUGCGACCUAACCACAGGUACCAACAAGGUCCUUGUGGACACCAUAAUGGAGCCUACCCCCGAAAAUGACUUUCCAGGUCUAUAUCCUGAGUAUAACAUGUCCUCCAGCCCGUUUUUGCAUCAUGGAGGCCGUAUCUACAUCGUGCUCCAAUCUUUAUGGCGCUCUCGUGCAACCAUCAUCUUUAUUAAUACAGAAUCUGGAGCAAUUUCAGACGAGACAAAAAUACACGAUGAUGAACCUUUGUAUAGUUGGAGCUUACAUGCUACAGACGACAAGACGCGGUUCAUCUGUUCAAGGAGCACGCCUACUACCCCAUCCGAGGUAUUACCAGGAUACUUUGAUCAACAUGACAACCUCAAUUGGAAAGUCCUAGAUAAGCCAACGAUAUCUUUCGCAACCGAGAAAGCGCUCAGCGAUCUCACUGCGUCGGCCAUACCCAUCGGUGCAUGUCCUCCAACAGAGACUCUUGUUAUUCAGUCGAAGAAAGCUUCCACGACAUCUGGCCCGAAACCCAUUUGCGUUACCAUUCCACAUGGAGGACCCCAUGCAUCAUCGACAACAGCAUUCUCUCCAGCUACUGCUGCACUAGCCCUAGAAGGAUAUACCCUCUCCCUUCCCAACUAUACCGGCUCCAUGGGAUUCGGCGAGAAAUCCAUCCAAAAACUCCUCGGGAACUGCGGAACAAUGGACAGCAUGGACGACAAGUCGUCCAAGGUGGAAGUCACGGCGGUAUCCCUCGCCACGCACCUGAUAGGCCAAUACCCAACCUUAUUCAAUGCAGCAGUGAUGCGCAACCCCGUGAUUAGCGCGGGCGAACUAGCAGCAUCUGACAUCCCUGACUGGGCCUGCGCCGAAUUAGGGCUCCAGUUCACACCAGACUCACUGAUGACACCCGCUACGUUCCAAACACUAUUCGAAGCGUCGCCCAUUGCGCACGUGGAUUAUGUACGCGUGCCUGUGUUGUUGUUGAUUGGAGAAGACGAUUUGUGUGUGGUACCGGCGCAGGGGUUGAGGUUUUAUCAUGCACUUAAGGGCAGGGAGAGGAGCGUGGAGAUGUGGUUUAAGGGGGAAUCACAUUCGCUUGAUGGGGUGGAGGCGGCGAGGGUUUCGUGGGAGGCUGGGAGAGAUUGGUUCAAGAAGCUGGGUCAAAGCCUAGUUGAGUAG